AAUUCAAGUAGAGGAUCAGAGAGAAGAAGACGCAGUCUGCUUAUCCCAUCUGAGGCUGCUGGGGAGAAAGGCACGCAGGCAGUCGUGGAAUUUGCGGUCCUUUUUGGGGUGCCCCUGCUCAUCACCAGCUACUGCUGUAGCCGCCUGGUGUGCGUACUCGGUAAGGGAGCCAGCCAGCGCCGGCGGAAGAGGCGCGGGCUCGCGGCGGCCAUGCUGCUCAACUUCCUCGUCUGCUUUGGGCCCUACAACGUGUCCCAUGUUGUGGGCUACAUCCAGGGUGAAAGCCCCAAGUGGAGAUGUUACGUGCUGCCCCUCAACACCCUGAAUUCCUGUGUCGACCCCCUUGCCUGCUAUCUCUCAUCAUCUGGGUUCCAAGCUGACUUCCAGGGGCUGCUGGGGAGGCUGACUGGAGCCUGUGGCCCUUGGUGGCAGGAAGGCAGCGUGACACCGAAGAGUGAAGGAGAGGGGCCACCGCAGGAGCUGUCUAACAUAGAGGCCAGGUAGUGGACUCUAGGGGGGCUCUGCAGCGGGUGGCCAGGAGGCCUGGCCUGCAAAGCGGAUCAUCGCUGGGGCAGGUCCAAGCUCAAGUCAGGCAGCACCUUGGAGAGGCAGGCUGGGGAUUGGCACUGUUUGGGUCAGAGCAGGUACCCAGCCUUCCUCAGGAUGUGCCCACAAGAGCCCAGCUCUUGGUCUCGCCAUACUGCCCUCCCUUCUCGUGCCCCAACAUGCUCAGGGAGCGGUCAAGGUGAGAGAGAACUCUGGAGAAGAAGGCGCUCCCCAGGGCAGCAUGCGAGCUCCUGUGCUUUGCUGAAGGUGAAGGAGGAGCUGAGAGCAGUGUCCAGGGUCUGAGGGAGCUGCCCAGUGACUUGGGACAGAAGAGAGGAGGAAUCUGUCCUUCAGAACUACUGACUCAGCUGGGCAGGAAUGGGGACACAGGACUCCAGGAAUGAGGGAGCAUACUGCUGUCACAUGCGCUCUUCCAGAAAGUUUCCACUCUUCAAUAAAUUCAGACUUUCAGGGACACUUAUGAAAAAUGACAGAAGAAAAAUUACCUAAAUAAAUUUGG